AUGGUGGAAGUGUGGGAGGAAUGUGGUCUUCAGUUGAAAGCUGCAUACGGAUUUGCACUCACUGCCUUUUUCAGAUGUCAAUCAUGGCUCCAGCUUCGCAGGCGCUUAUUUCUCAUUGAAAAACUCCGUGACGCCGCAACGGUGGGAUUGGUGGUAGGCAGUGUUGCUGUUCAAGGACAUGCAAAGGCAGUGAAACGAAUGCGCAAUAUGUGCAAAGCUUCCGGCAAAAAGCUCUAUGUGAUCUCCGUGGGAAAGGUGAACGUUCCAAAACUGUCAAAUUUCGCUGAAGUCGAUGUUUUUGUGCUUCUGUCGUGCCCCUUCGGGAUAAUAUUUGAUUCAUCUUCGUUCCUUCAACCAGUGUUGUCGAUGUUCGAAGCAGAAAUAGCCUUGAAUCCGUCUAAAACGUGGUUUGCUGAUGGCGGAUGGUGUGCGGAUCUCACGCAAUUUGUCAACGAUAGUGUGGGAAUCAUCGAAGACGAAGGAGCUGAUGUAGGUCUCGUGACUGGAAGGGUUAGAAGAUUAAAAUUGUCUGUGGAUGGAAAGACAGCCGAAGCUGGACAGGUUCUUCCAUACAAUCCAGGCGAAUACUUCAAAAAUAGUAGUUGGCGAGGUCUCGAUGACAGCGUUCGUCUGGAAGAGUCAACAGAUAUACAAAACGGUCGACUAGGAAUCGCGCUGGAAUAUGAUACGGAGCUGGCUAGCAGAACUAAAAGACAUGGUAGAAAGGAGGGGAACUACAAAUGA